CGAUCAGUACGCGUUCAACCGUUGCCCGCUGCACAGCACACAAGCGGCACAUACACCGGACAAUAUAGUGGACGAUAGUUUUUUAAGCAACUUGUGCACAUUUUAUCGACAGAUUAUUACAUCCAUACGCCCGUGCGGUGCAUGUGUUUUUUGUUUUUGGUACGACUGUCUUAUCACGGACGGGUGUAACACAGUGCCGUACAUGUGAUUUGAAACAUCGCUGAUGUUUAUCGAUUUUUUCCGUGCUAGAUAGAUGCAUCCGACACAACCGGGCACGUACGGUGUGUUGUUCUCACAGCAAAAAAAAAAACUGAAAACAGUCGAACAUCACGAUCAUCACUCGGUGCAAGUGAUCCGCAAGCAAAAAUGAACAAGCCAGCAACGUUAGCACCAAAGCAAUUUUAACCGUCUAGUCACAACGCAACGAUCGAUUCUAAGGUGCUCAUAAUAAUUAGUGAUCAGCAGUAGUAGAACUUAUACAGGGACGUACCAGGGUUGCUUCCAUAUUGUGCUGUGCGUUAAAUAGUUUUAUUGGUGAGUUGAGAGACGACUAAUAAAAAAAAGCAAGGUGACGGUGAAAUGAUCGGUUCAUAAUCGUCUGACUAUUUGGUGAAUACUUUGCGCGGUCCAUCAUUAAGCGUGGAUACACACGACAAUCGCAUUAAGUUAUUAAAGCUACAGACAAAACAGGAAAACGGUGCUUUUCGGUGCUGAUAGUUCCAUCCAUACAGCACGGUGUGCGGAUAAGGCAGCAAAGAGAAAGCAGCACAAUCGUUCCCUUACGGUGUGACAGUCACAUUUCGUCUCUGCCGCUAGACGAGACACAGUGAAGAAAGAAUGAAGUCAACAGGAAGAUUCACAAUAGCGAGCCUGUGCGUGACUACAAUCUGGCUGCUGUCCGUUGUUGAUCCAUCACACGGCGAUGAGUGUGUCAGCAUGAAGCGUGAUCGACACCGAACGCUCAUGGAGGAGUACCGUCACUCACCGAACUGGGACGGUUAUCUUACGGAGGAUACGCUGAACCUGCGCAACAACGAAACAGAGGUGGAUCUCUCGAGGCAAGGCUUCAAAGAGGUCCACUGGCAUCUGAGCAGCUUCGUCGGGGAAGGGUACGAGAUAUUUGAGCUAAAUCUAGCAUUCAACAACUUCGAGGAGCUGAACGAGCUGACGUUUCUCAAGUUCUACUCGCUGGAAACGCUCAACCUUUCCAACAACCGGUUACAGAUGGUCAGCAACCUUACGUUCGGUUCGCUGAUACGACUGGUCGAGCUGGAUCUGUCCUUUAACCUGAUCCACACCCUCGAACGGCAAGCGUUCGAUCGAUUGUACGCACUGGAGUCAUUGAGCUUGCGGGAGAACUGCUUAAUUACCCUAGCACCUAACCAGUUCCACUUCAACGAUCAUCUGUCAUCGGUGCUGCUGGAUCACAAUCAGCUGGCAUUCCUACCACCGGUACUGUUCGAUCCCAUCACGAUGGUUGACGAAGUUUACGAGCUCGAUCUGUCGGACAACAAUUUUCGCCGCAUGCCGUACAUUGAGACGAAGGAGAUCGCGCUGCUAAAGAUCGACAACAAUCACAUCGAGACGCUCACGGUUAACAAAUCGUUCAAUGUGCGUGCACUGCAGAUUCAGCACAACAAUAUAUAUGACGCAGAUUUGUUCAAGUUUAGCCGGGCGGAACAUAUCGAUCUGUCGCACAACAAUCUGGACAAUAUAGUCGGUCUGCACGAGAUGAACCAGCUCGAGUAUCUCGACCUCUCGUCGAACAAUGUGUCCAAGUUCGAUUACAACCUCAAGUACUCGAUCCGGAACAUACCGAGCCUGGUGACACUGCGGCUGCAGAACUGUAGUCUGAGCGAGCACAACAUCCAGGGCCUGCUGGCGUCGGACUCGAUCCUUAAUCUUGAUCUGUCGCAAAACAAUUUUGUGCGAUUGAAUGUUAGCGAUCUGUCGCGGAUGCGCUCGCUGCAGUAUCUUAGCCUGAACUUUAACUAUCUCCGUGAGCUGAUCAAUUACGAACGGUUGGGUCAAGAGUUCCCAUACCUAGAGCUGGUCUCACUCUCCUUUAAUCGCUGGAACUGCACGUACUACGAUCAGCUGAAUGCGUACCUUAACCGCACACACAUCCGUUCGACGAGUGAUUCGCGUGAUUGCUACAUCAACGGUACGCACGUGACCGAUUCCUACGUUACGGAUACGUUCGAGCCACAAUACACGAUGAACCACAUCAAGCGGGACAUGACCGUACUGCGUAAUCUUGGCCGCAAUACGAUCUACUUUAUGUACGCACUAUUCUCGACGAUCCGGGGACAGGGCAAUCAGACCGUUCUGCACCAGCAGCAGCAGGAUGAGGAGCUGCGUAGCCUAGAGCGGGACGUGGACCGAUUGCUUGGCAUGCUAGCGUUUCUGGUAGCGAUCUUUGCUAGCGUACUGUGCGUUGCCGUAGCUUAUGGUGGCUGGCGGUUGUUCCGAAAGUGGCAACAUGACCGUGCGGUGAAAGUGGUGACGUACAAUAAGCGUGCGAACGAGUUCAGCAAUGGAGUGACGGUCGGCGAUGUAAUACGGGACAACUCAGCAGCUUAAGGGAUAUUCCGAAAUCGCGAUCUACAUGAGUUGCGAUUGUUUAUCGUUCCGUUUCUGCAGGGUCUUUGUACGUAACUAAAAACAUCUAUAUACAUAAACACACACAAACACACACUUAAUACGAAUUGUGAUCAAGAACAUGAGAUCCACUAAGGGAGAACAUGAGAUCGGUGCGGGAUAUCUUCAUUUAAGAUCGUCCACCGAUGUAUUUUUUGAAACAUCUUUCCCUAAGAUGAUCGCGAGAUCUUCCGUGGUUAAUAUCUAUACCAACUGUAUUAGGCGACAAAAAGCCAAACACCCACAAAAACAUACUAUUUCUCAUCUCUUACGCUGUGUGGUGCGAUGAGAUCAACAUAAAAAACUUCCCUUUUGUGGAUUCAACGAGUUCUAGUUACCAAAUAAAAAGAUAUUGCUAACAGCUCCAAUAAACUUAAGAAUAUAAUUUGAA